AUGAAUAUUCUGCGAAUAGCAUGUCGUUCCUUUCAUUGCCUGCGCUGCGGUUCACUACUCAAUGAGAACAAAGGAUGGUCAUCCAAAAAGAUUAUUAAAUUGGUCAAUAAGUCGAGUUUGUCUAACAAAGAAUUCGCAGGAAAAGUACGAGAUGAUACAAAAGAGAUUCCUGAGUGGAAGAAGCAAAAAAUGGCAGUUAGAAAGAAAUUGCAAGGUAAUAGAUGGAACCCAUCAAAAAAGAUAUCUCAAGAACAAAUGGAAGCUUUAAGGCUAUUAAAAUUCAAUUUUCCUGAACUGACAGCAUCCGAUCUUGCAGACCGGUUCAAGAUUUCUCCUGAGGCCGUUAGAAGAAUUUUGAAGUCCAACUGGAAGCGUACCGAUGAGGAAAAUAAUAACACCCACGAGAGAUGGAAAAGAAGAGGAGAACGAAUAAAAGAAAUGUAUCAAAAGAAAGAAAAUGCUGAAUUUGUGUCCAGUCAAAUUAUAACUGGCAGAAAACUUAUACUUGGGUCCAACGCAAACUCAUCAGAAUUAAUGGCGAAGAGUAUUCGCACUCCUAGACAUUUCAAGCAUAAUAACGAUAUACCUGAAAAGAAAAGCACUAACAAGCUAUACAUUUUGAAGCAUUUGGCCUCGAAACAAUAA